CACUUUCCUCGCAAUUCAAUUGACGCCCCCGGCGCUGGAUUCGUCUCUCUCUCUCUCUCUCUUCUUCUCUUCUAUAUAUACGCCACAAUCAGCCCAUUCCCUUCUUCACAUUUAACCCUUUUUCCCACCCACAGAAAGAAACAAAACCAGUUUUCUACCCUAAAAACGGUGUUCUUCCGCCGCUGCUGCAGGAGGUUUUCGUCUUUCGGAUUCUUUCUGCAGUAGUGUUGCCCCAUUCCCCUGUUUUUUCUUCUGUUUGAACGUCUUUCGUUUCUCUUCUUAUAUAUAUUUUUCUUGCUCUGCCAUCCCAUCGUAUCUUCUUUGUGAUAUAGAGAAAGAAAAAUGGCUCGCUCUUUCACCAAGGCUAAGCUCGUCUCGGCCUUCGUUGCCGACCAAAUCUCUGUUCUUGCCGCCAGGCGUGGGUAUGCGGCUGCAGCGUCGCAAGGCGCGGCGGCAGGAAGCGGCGGUGUCAGGGGAGGGGUGAGAGGAAACAUGAACGUGAUGAUGAAGAAAGGUGGUGGGGAAGAAACCACCAGGACAACCACCUCUUGGGUUCCGGAUCCGGUGACCGGGUAUUACAGACCCGAGAGCCAUGCCAACGAGAUUGACGCGGCUGAGCUCCGCAACCUCCUCCUGAAACACAAGCAUUAAAAUUGAAAAGGUUGCUUUGCAUCCAAUGGCUUAUAUUAGCUAUCAAUUUGUCGAUCUCAACAGAAGAAAAUGUUCUAUGAUUCGAAUCCAAUCCGUCCUAUGAAGACAUCGGUUUUGGGCCUCUUGUCGGAUGAUGAUGAUUUGUUUCUUAGAUUAUGGAACGCCGACUUAGGUGUUUGUUCUUUAGGCUCAUGUAAUCCUCUGUUACCUCUUAUGGGGGGGCCAUUUCUUUUUGACUAGUAAAAUAAAAGUCUCCGUUUUUUUUUUUUUUUAAUUCUUUUCCCUUUAUUUGUUGCUUCCUUCUUCUCUUUGGUCCUUUUCGUAAUGCAUAAAGCCAUAAACUAGUUUUAGUAUUGUCUAAUCAUAAAAUGUUUUGGAGCGAUUUAUGAUACGAAACUAUGUUCCAUUAAGCUCCGGUAUUGAAACUGUGGCAAUUUGCAAAAGGAGGUCUAAGCUAAGCGGCGGUCAGAAGAGGAAUCCAUAAACGCAAUUGCUUUUGUUGCUUUCAACUUGUGAAAGCGACUUCCUAGUUGCCUAAAAGGCUAAAACUGGUUAAACAAAACAGGGUAUCUCCCCAGGCCAUCGUCUUACUUUUAGGUGCAUAAAAUAAUGGGGCACAAUGGGAUUGUAUGUGACGUCACUACUGGAUUCAAUUUGGAAUGCAACAGUGUAUUUAGGCAGUUUUGGGAAGAACUUUGUCG